CCUUACUCAGUUACUCACUCCUACCGUCUUCUGUAACUGUAUGAUACGGAUCAGUGUUUCUCUUCACCUUUCGGUUUGAUAUUUUCUUCGUCGAGUCUCGCUACGCUCUACACUAAAUUCAACAAUGAGUUCCGAUGCGGAUAUGGAGGAUUACGGUUUUGAGUACUCCGACGAGGAGCCCGAAGAGCAGGACGUCGAUAUUGAGAAUCAAUAUUACAACUCCAAAGGCCUGGUUGAAUCGGAUCCAGAAGCAGCACUUGAGGGUUUUGCUGAAGUAGUUAGGAUGGAACCUGAGAAAGCUGAUUGGGGAUUUAAAGCCUUAAAACAAACCGUUAAGCUGUACUAUAAGCUGGGGAAAUACAAAGAAAUGAUGGAUGCUUAUAGAGAAAUGCUGACUUAUAUUAAAUCAGCUGUAACACGUAAUUACAGUGAAAAGUGUAUAAACAAUAUUAUGGAUUUUGUUUCUGGAUCAGCCAGUCAGAACUUCAGCCUCCUCCAAGAGUUCUACCAAACAACACUGAAGGCUCUUGAAGAAUCAAAGAAUGAGAGGUUGUGGUUCAAGACAAAUCUAAAGCUUUGCAAAAUUUGGUUUGACAUGGGUGAAUAUGGGAGGAUGAACAAGAUUUUGAAAGAGCUCCAUAAGUCUUGUCAAAAAGAAGAUGGCUCAGAUGAUCAGAAGAAAGGAACACACUUAUUGGAGGUAUAUGCAAUUGAGAUCCAAAUGUACACUGAGACUAAGAACAACAAGAAACUGAAGGAACUAUACCAGAAAGCACUGUCUAUAAAGUCAGCAAUUCCUCACCCACGAAUUAUGGGAAUCAUUCGUGAAUGUGGAGGUAAAAUGCAUAUGGCUGAGCGACAAUGGGCAGAUGCAGCUACGGACUUCUUUGAAGCUUUUAAAAACUAUGAUGAAGCUGGAAACCAGCGGCGUAUCCAAUGUCUAAAGUACUUAGUAUUGGCUAAUAUGCUGAUGGAGUCUGAGGUCAACCCUUUUGAUGGCCAAGAAGCAAAACCAUAUAAAAAUGAUCCUGAGAUAUUGGCAAUGACAAACUUGAUAGCAGCAUAUCAACGAAAUGAGAUCCUGGAGUUUGAAAAAAUUCUCAAGAGUAAUAGAAGGACAAUAAUGGAUGAUCCUUUUAUACGAAAUUACAUUGAAGAUCUUAUGAGGAAUGUGAGGACUCAAGUGUUGCUCAAACUGAUCAAGCCUUACACAAGAAUUCGGAUCCCUUUCAUAUCCAAGGAACUUAAUGUACCUGAGAAAGAUGUGGAGGAGCUGUUGGUUUCGCUAAUAUUGGAUAAUCGUAUACAAGGACACAUUGAUCAGGUGAACCGGCUCCUAGAACGUGGUGACAGGUCAAAGGGGAUGAAGAAAUACACUGCCGUGGAUAAGUGGAACACACAGCUUAGGUCCCUCUAUCAGACUGUUAGUAACCGAGUGUGUUAAUUUUUGAGAUUUUUUGAGAGUAUAUUCUAUCUGAAAAUGUCACUCCUGGAAAACAAUAGAUUACAAACAUUAUGUUUACUUUUGCACCGAAAAUGUUUGUGGGUAGUGUAGAAGUGUCCAUUUACAGAGAUGUUGGCUCAAAUCUAGUUUAAAUGUUUUUGACAAGUUUGCUUACCAA